CAGCCCAAUUCCUGCACCUUCACACCUCAGAUCAACCCCAAUUCCUGCACCUUCACCCCUCAGAUCACUCCAAUUCCUGCACCUUCACACCUCAGAUCACUCCAAUUCCUGCUCCUUCACACCUCAGAUCAGCCCAAUUCCUGCACCUUCACACUUCAGAUCAGCCCAAUUCCUGCACCUUCACACCUCAGAUCACCCCAAUUCCUGCACCUUCACACCUCAGAUCACCCUGAUUCUUGCACCUUCACACCUCAGAUCACUCCAAUUCCUGCACCUUCACAUCUCAGAUCACUCCAAUUCCUGCACCUUCACACCUCA